AAUUUCUUCAUGCGCACCGGGACAGCAGACGAUGUGCCUUUAUCCCCAAAACGGAGCGUCCAGUCGUUGCCCUAAUUCGAAACCAGUUCCGUUGACGUAUUACGAGAAGAUGUCAAUCCUCAACAAGCAUAACGAACUAAGACAGAAAGUUGCCAGAGGGGAAGAACCUCGUGGUAAUCCUGGACCCCAGCCUCCAGCCAGCGACAUGAAUUGGCUGAGAUGGGACGAGGAAUUGGCACAGAUUGCUCAACGUUGGGCUGAUCAGUGCACGAUAAAUCCUCACGACACGUGCAGGAAUGUCGAAAGAUUUCGCGUCGGUCAAAACGUCAUGAAGCACUGGACAACGUCUAGCAGAAGUCCGUCUCUCGUACCAUUCAUCGAGGCUUGGUACGACGAGGUCCAAUUAUUCGACAGUCGCGAUGUUGCUGCGUUUAGAUUCAACGCAUCAUGGGGACACUACAGUCAGCUCGUUUGGGGGGAAACGAUGUUCGUUGGUUGUGGAAGAUCGAGUUACAUGGACAGCGGAUUUCACCACACUAGAUUUGUCUGCAAUUACGGGCCUGCUGGAAAUGUCAUCACUCAAAAGGUUUACACUGUUGGUAAAGCUCGGUACCUCGCUUAG